CGUCGAGGUUUGACCCAGUAUUGGCCGCCGCUUCACUACCUACGGCACACCCACCGCCGGCAGUAGUGCGGCAGUACACUAGGAUGGAUCUUCCUGAGCAGCAGCGGUAGAGGACCGCCAUUUUUCUUCGGCGGCAAAAGCUACUCCGUGUCAGACGGCUGGUGCGGCUGUAUAAGACCUGGAAGAUCCCGUUGUCGAUGCCUGUGACUGCUCUUUCUUGUUUCCUCACCUACACCGAACCACCUUCCUCUCCUUUCCUCUCCCCGUCGCUGCCUAGUCGCAACAAGCAACAGCAGCAACAAUGGUCUUCAACGGUGCCUCCCUGGACGCCUACCAGGCAUCGGGCGCUAGCCCGCUUGCCAUGCUUGAGAAGAAGCAGAGGACUUUCCUCGGCAUCUCAUGGGGCGAGAUCAAGCUCCUCGCCAUCGCUGGUGUAGGCUUCUUCAUGGACGCCUAUGACCUCUUCAUCAUCAACAUGAUUUACGCAAUUCUCCUUCGUGCCUACUACCCUUCGACCGCCAAGAACAUCGACUGGGGUCUCGACGGUGGUGUGCUCAAGGCGUCAGCCAACAUCGGUAACAUUAUCGGCCAGAUCAUGUUCGGCUUCCUCGGUGACUCUCUGGGUCGCUCGGCCGUCUACGGCAAGGAGCUUGUCAUCGUCAUCGUCUCUGUGAUUCUCAUCAUCUCAGCUCCGGACUACCUUGGCGGCCACGGCAUUACCGUCUGGAUGACGGCUUUCCGUAUCCUCAUGGGCAUCGGUAUCGGCGGUGACUACCCGAUGUCGGCUGCCGUCGUCUCGGACCGUGCUCACCUCAAGAAGCGCGGUGCCAUGCUUGCCUGGAUCUUCAGCAACCAGGGUUGGGGUAACCUCGCUGGUGGUCUCCUCGCCGUCAUCGUCAUUGCCGGCUACAGGGACUACGUUGACGCCGGCCAGCUCCACAAGCUCUCUGGCGCCUGGCGUAUUCUCCAGGGUCUCUCCCUCAUCCCUGCGUUCAUCGCCCUCUACUUCCGUCUCACUCUCGUUGAGUCUACUCGCUUCACUCAGGCACGUGCCAUCCAGGACGACCCCGAGCUCCUCAACAAGGCCUCGGCCAAGGGUGUCAUCGUCGGCGAGAUCGACUCCGAGGAGGAGCUUGCCCUCGAGAAGGCUGGCGGUGACGUCGCCCCCAUGACCAACCACACUCAGGAUGUUGCCAUUGGGUUCGGAACCAUUGGUCAGAAGGCGCACAACGACUUCUUCCAGUACUUCUCCGAGUGGCGCCACCUCAAGACGCUCAUUGGCUGCUCCCUCUGCUGGUUCCUGGUCGACAUUACCUUCUACGGUAUCAACCUGAACCAGUCCUUCAUUCUCUCGGCCAUCAACUUCACUACCGGCUCCACCUGGGGCAAGCUCAUGAAGACGGCGACCGGUAACCUGAUCAUCACCGUCGCCGGUUUCCUGCCCGGUUACUUCUUCACCGUAGCCCUCAUCGAGCCCAUGGGACGCAAGCCCAUCCAGAUCCUUGGUUUCGCCAUGAACAUGCUGUUCCUUGGCAUCCUCGGUGGCAAGUUCGACACGCUGCGACACCAGACUGGCCCCUUCUUUGCCGUCUUCGUCUUCCUGCAGCUCUUCUUCAACUUCGGUGCCAACGCCACUACAUUCAUUAUUCCCGCCGAGGUCUUCCCUACGCGUGUGCGUGCUGGAGCUCACGGCCUCUGCGCUGCGACGGGUAAGGUGGGUGCCAUCAUCUCGUCGUUGGGCUUCUCUGCCCUCGCCAACCAGGUCGGACAAGAGAUUGUCUUCUGGAUCUUCUUCGCCGUCUCUGGCGCUGGUCUCAUCAUUACCGUUCUCUUGGUUCCCGAGACCAAGAACUACGACGCCGACGAGGUCGACCGUCAAGAGCUCGCUGCCAAGGCCGGCAUCCAGCCUGGUGCGCACGAGCCCCAGAACCCAGUCAACAUCGCCCACGAGAUCAACGACACCGCUGCGCCCAGCAAGUCGUCGUAGAAGGACGUGUCCCGACUCUCCUGACUCUCUUUGCAUCAUGCAUUCUCUGUUCUAUCCUGGUUUACCCCAUCGUCUCUCCCUUCUCUCCUGUGUUAGAAGUAUUCCCCGCCCAGCUCGUGGCGUCACGGCUGGGCGACAAAAUCGGGCGGUGUGGGCUCAGAGCUCGCCCGCAGUCCAUCCAUAUUCCGAAUAUGCUUUGCAAUUCUGAAUCGUCACUUUGAUCAUCC